GCCGCCUCGACGUUGGCGGAGGUCAAAGCCACAACGGUCCCGGCACGAAGUGGAGGGCGGCCUGGGCAGCGCUCCGAGCCUCUGGGGUCCCCCUCCAGACCUGGAGGCCGAUAUUCACAUCGUCCCUUUUCUCCCAAAAGGCCUGACAGUCACGCCCAAGACUGGGCUGGCCGACAAGCGCCCGGAUAUGAAAGCAGAAGGCUUGGGCUUCGGGGACCGGGUGACCCUGAGAGUGUCGGGCGUCCGCCACCGAGGCUACCUCUUCCACUCCCUCGUCCACUACGAGGUGGACAGCGGCGAGGGGCUGGCCCUGGCCAGGGACCUGGCUCUGGGCGGCGACUUCACGGGCGUGGGGCCCAUGGGGCUCCUGUGGAGCCUCAUGCCGGCCGCUUCGAAGGAUCCAUGCCUCAGUCGAAUGCCGAGGGCCGCCUUGAAAAACCCCCUCAAAGUGGAGGUGAUGGUCCUUUUCCUGGUCUCAUUGUUAUAUUUGGUGAUGGAGGAUUAAGUGAAUCUUGAGCAAGUCUCCUGGCUCGUUGAGGUUUUGCUACUCUGCUUUGCCAUUUUUCGGCUAUGAAGAUUUACCUCCAGUCAUGAAAGACUUAAAUUUAGAUUACUUUGAAGAGGCAGUUAAAUUUGUGCAAAGUCACCCAAAGCCCUAGAGCAGCAAAAGGGCAGCCAGCAGCAGCCGGACGGGAGGACCCCGGCGGCCGCCACGCAGUCCCACAAUGCCCCGCUCGCACCACCCUGAGGGCGGAGAGAAAGGACCGCUGCCGGGCAUGGGGCUUCGGCGGAGAGCGCCGAGAAGUGCGCACGCGCACUGACCCCGCGGGCCCUAGCAACCAGAGCAGUGACAGUAGCAACCACCGGAAUGGCAAAAGCAACAACAAUCAAAGAAGCCUUAGCGAGAUGGGAAGAGAAAACUGGCCAGAGGCCAUCUGAAGCCAAAGAGAUAAAACUUUAUGCCCAGAUUCCCCCUAUAGAGAAGAUGGAUGCAUCCUUGUCCAUGCUUGCUAAUUGCGAGAAGCUUUCACUGUCUACAAACUGCAUUGAAAAAAUUGCCAACCUGAAUGGCUUAAAAAACUUGAGGAUAUUAUCUUUAGGAAGAAACAACAUAAAGAACUUAAAUGGACUGGAGGCAGUAGGGGACACGUUAGAAGAACUGUGGAUCUCCUACAAUUUUAUUGAGAAGUUGAAAGGGAUCCACGUAAUGAAGAAAUUGAAGAUUCUCUACAUGUCUAAUAACCUGGUAAAAGACUGGGCUGAGUUUGUGAAGCUGGCAGAACUGCCAUGCCUGGAAGACCUGGUGUUUGUAGGCAAUCCCUUGGAAGAGAAACAUUCUGCUGAGAAUAACUGGAUUGAAGAAGCAACCAAGAGAGUGCCCAAACUGAAAAAGCUGGAUGGUACUCCAGUAAUUAAAGGGGAUGAGGAAGAAGAUAACUAACGCCACGCUUUCCACUGUGUGUUAACUUAUUUAAAUGUCAUAAGAACAAUAGAUAAAUUUUAUAUAAUUGUCUAUUUUAAAGAUUCUGUAUGGGACAAAAGUUUCUUAAGAUAAAACAGAUCACUCAUUCUCAUCUUUUUCUUUCCCCCUUAACUUAUUCAGUGUUUCUUCCCAAAACUGGUAACGCCAACCUUAUAUAUCCUAUUCCUCUUUUUAGAAACCAAAAAUUUUCAAUUUUUGUCUUCAGUCUCAGUUAUAUACUAUGUAGCCCCAUCUACUAAAACAAAACCUUUGUAGACCAGUCAUUUUUAAUAACAAAGGAACAAAUGUUUUUUUCAGUUUGUUCAUUUUUUUUAGGUUAGACAUUUUAAAAGAUAUACAUUUGAAAAUUUAGAACGUUUUUCCUGAAGGUCUGCCUCUGUACAACUCAGAAGCACAAAUAUAUCAUGCCUUUAGCUCAGAAGGUAGUAUGGUGAUGGGAAGGGUUCCUCUUAGAAAUAUAGCAGGUCUGGAACCAAGACUCCAAAGUUCCAUUGGAAAAGAUAUGUGAAAAAAGGAAAAAGUGGGAUCUCAGAGACCUUCUAGUCUAUAUUAUACUUAAUUUGUUUUUCCAAAAAUGUGCACAUCGUCAACUGGAAUUUAGGUUGUUUUAUAUGCAUGGCCACUUGAGUCAUUGUGUACAGUCAGUCGUUCUGUGAUCUUAGUCAGUGAUUAAAAUGACUGUCAUGAUCAUGUCUUUGACUGAUAAUGUGGCCAUGUUACUCAUGUGGACCUGGCCUUAAGCACACAUUUUGGUUUUAUAGCUCCUUAUGUGUUUAAAGCAUUAGUUAUAUUUGAAUUCCUAGCCUAAAUGCUGGCCAUUGAUGUAUGUCAAAAUUUACCCUAAUGAUUUGGUCUGGUGACCUUCAGUGUUGGGAAAAGUGACUAUCAUGGUUAUAAGUAAGGGUAUAAUGAAACUUAGUAUUUCAAAAUCUAUUUUUUGAGAAGUUCUAAGUUAAACAGCUCUUAAAAUGUAUUAUGUACGUGGUUGUGGAAGGAAGAGAGAUGUUUCAUUAUGAGAUCCCAGGCAAAUGGCAAUAUGUUUGAGGAUUGUCUCCUACAUAAAACAGUGUAGGCAAUAUAACCUCAAAAUUGCAAAGCAAUAGUUAGAUGCGGAGGUUAGAAUUUAUCAUGUAAACAAAAAAUCUUUCAGGAAGAUGUAAGACACUGUAGUCAGUAAGCAGAUGAAGUCAUAAGAGGCCAUGGUAAGAGGCCAUGGCUGAAUCACUAUUAGAUUGCAGAAAAGAAGUCAGGGGCCCUCUGCCAAAUUGUGCCUAACGUCCCUCAGAGACUGUUGAUUGUUGUUUCCCCAUCUACUUGUGUGAUUUUACUUGCAUAAAAUCACAGUGAAAGAGGGGAGAACCAUCUUUAAAAAGUGAUUGCAUAAGUAGUCCUGGGUUUCAGAAGAUUACAGCUAUCAUUUAUAUAGGAAUUAUUUGAUUUUUCUAAGUCACUCUGAUCAAAAGGGACCACUGCUUUGACAAUCAACUCUAAAUACAAACAAGAGAGGCCAGGCGUGGUGGCUCACGCCUGUCAUCCCAGCACUUUGGGAGGCUGAGGCGGGCGGAUCAUCUGAGGUCAGGAGUUCAAGACCAGCCUGACCAACAUGGUGAAACCCCAUCUCUACUAAAAAUACAAAAUUAGCCGGGUGUGGUGGUGGGUGCCUGUAGUCCCAACUACUUGGGAGGCUGAGGCAGGAGAAUCAUUUGAACCCGGGAGGUGGAAGUUGCAGUGAGCCGAGAUUGCGCCACUGCGUUCCAGCCUAGCAACAGAGCGAGACUCUGUAUCAAAAAAAAACAAAAACAAAAAGAAAAUCAAACAAGAGGAAAACUUGGUCUAACACCCUUUUAGUUUUCUUUUCUUUUCAGUCUGAUAGAAAGAAACCUUAUUCUACUCUAGCUGGUUUAUGCAUUCAAAGCCUUUGGGGACAUUUCUUUUAUGAACUGUAGACAAUGAGCCUUCAUUCUCCUUGGUGAUGUUUAAGUUCCAUAAACUGAGAGGGAAGAUGAUCUUCUUAAAAUUUGCACUUCCUCUAGUAGGCAAGCUUGAAGCCAUGUUGAUAUGGAUAUGUUUUCUAAAAGUAACCCUGGAAGUGAAUAUAAUAGGAAGCAAAUGAUUUCAUAUUGAAUUUAUUUGUAAAAUGACAGAGUUUUGCUGUUUGUUUUUUCUGAAUUCUGUAAUGUAGAAACUGGUUUUCUUUCUCCUUGUUUCUCAAUGACUGUUAAUUACAGGUAGUUCUCAGAGAAAUGUAAGAUACUUCUCUCUGUCCAUUUCAUGCAAAAUUCAUAUUCAGUAUCAUUCAACAAAUCUUUAAAUGACUUCUAUGCAUCCCUGUUCAUGGAACCCACGCCAUUAGAGAAUGGCAGUUGGGAUGUAUGAAGAAAUGUAGGAUAUUUUCUCAAAUAAUUCCCUAAAUUAUCCUUUACUGCUGCAAAUUUAGCUGAUAUAAAUGCCUUUGGUUUAUGCCUCUUGGAUCAGAUAUUUGACCUACGUGGAAUAGAUUCUCUCUGUGCUUCCAGUUUAUUAAGCCAUUUUAGUGGAUCAUUUAAAUUUAAAUUUUUUCUAUUCUGAUUUUUUUGUUUGUUUGUUUUUUAAACAGAGUCUCAAUCCUGAGUAGCUGAGACCACAGUCACGUGCCAUCAUGCCCAGCCUAUUUUGUAUUUUUAGUGGAGAUGGGGUUUCAUCAUGUUGGCCAGGCUUGUCUUGAACUCCUAACUUCAGGUGACCUGCCCACAUUGGUCUCCCAAAGUGCUGGGAUUACAGGCAUGAGCCACUGCGCCUGGACAAAUUUCUUCUAUUCUUGUAAGUGAUGGUAAAACUCUGGAAUCAGUUCAGUAUUUUAGUUUUUCACAGCAAAUUUGAUUUUAGUCUACCAAGGAGUUUAACUUUUCUAUGUUCCCUAACUCUAAGAUUAGGGCUGUAUUACGCAGACAGGCCUUAAAAGGUUUCUGUGUUCUCUGUUAAUAAGAAUUUGUUCCUUUAAAGCAGAGGAUCAACCUUGUAACUAUUAACAUUUUGGGAUUAAUAAUUCAUUGUUGUUGGGGGCUGUCCUGUGUACUUAGGAUGUUCAGCUGCAUCCCUGGCCUCUACCCACUAGAUUCCAGUAGACCCUCCUCAGCCAUGACAACAAAGAUAUCUCCAGACAUUGCCAUCUGUCCCUUGGGUAGGAGGGUGGGAACAAAUUCUCCCUUAGUUGUGCUUUUUAUACCAAUAUCACCUGUGUCCAGUGUCCAUUUAUUUUCAGUCUGUAGCCAUGUGCCACUUGAAUUGUUAUAUGAGAGAAGGUGAUGUAUUCAAUAAUCAUGGAUGGAAAGAAAUGGUCACUGGUAUUUUCUUUUUUGUAAUGCUCUUUUUUGUUGUUGUUGAGACGGAGUCUCACUCUGUUGGCUAGGCUGGAGUACAGUGGUACGAUCUUGACUCACCGCAACCUCCGCCUCCCAGGUUCAAGCAGUUCUUCUGCCUCAGCCUCCCAAGUAACUGGGACUACAGGUGCCCGCCAUCACACCUGGCUAAUUUUUGAAAUUUUAGUAGAGAUGGCGUUUCACCAUACUGGCCAGGCUGGUCUCAAACUCCUGACCUCGUGAUCCGCCUGCCUCAGCCUCCCAAAGUGCUGGGAUUACAGACGUGAGCCACUGCAACCGGCUGUAAUGCUCAUUUUCAUAAUUUUCAUGUAAUAUUAGAAACUCAGGGCUGGAAGGUUCAACUUCUCUUUUUUGAAGCAGGGUCUCAACUUUUAUUUCUAAGCAUUCUUGCUUAUAUUAGGACAGUGAUUAUUAACCUACCUCUCUGUUUCUAUCAACAGAAGCCAACUUUAUGAUAGAUUCUGCUUCGUCUCUAAAGUUUAAUAUUUUGAGCGUACUUUAGAAAAUAGGUCAUCAUUCUUUAAGCAUCAUUCAUUGUCUAGUAAUGCACAUAAUUUUGCAGACCAUGGCAGUCAUUAAAUACAGAAAAAUACUGUGUAAAAUUUGAUAAUCUUGUAGGAAAGUUAGCUGAUAUAGACAUCAGUUUUGGGUGUGAUCAGAAGAAUGUCUGCUUAAGAUGUCUGGUCAAUAACUUGGUAUGGUUACUGGAUUCAUUCCACAUGUGGUGGUAUAAGGCACUUAAAUGUGUUUCCUGAUUGGACACUGUGACUCAUGCCUGUAAUCCCAGCACUUUGGGAGGCCGUGGUGGGCAGAUCACUUGAGGUCAGGAGUUCGAGACCAGCCUGGCUAAUAUGGUGAAACCCCAUGUCUACCAAAACUAUAAAAAGUUAGACGGGUGUGGUAGUGCACGCCUGUAAUCCCAGCUACUCGGGAGGCUGAGGCAGGAGAAUUGCUUGAACCCAGGAGGCAGAAGCUUCAGUGAGCCGAGAUCAUGUGACUGUACUCCAGCCUGGGUGACAGAGUGAGUCUCCAUCUCAAAAAGAAAAAAAAAAUGUGGUUCUUUUGUGGAAAGAGAAAUUUGAAUUUGAAUAAGCACUUCUUUUGACACCUUUUACCAGUGGUCAGAGCAGAAUAAGGAAGAAUAAGAAAUGAAUCUUGACUGUUGACUUAUUCUGAGAAUUGGUGAUGUGUGAAGAGAGUUGGAAUCUUCUACCUGGGUUUUUCUCAGGGCUAAAUGGAAAAGCACAGGGCCCAGAAAGGUUGGAGUUAAUCGUUCGCUUAAGAGCAUUAGGAGGAAGUGUCAGAGCAUCAGUCACGAAUAGAUCGUGUCUCUCUGACUACAGUCAGACCGUCAGUUCACUAACACGUUAUACACUGUAAGUGUUAGUAAAGGAAGAAAACUGCUAAAUUGCAUGUUACCCUUUACUAGAAAUUCAUUCCUUGGGCACAGAUUUUCUUUAUUUGGGGCUAUUUAAUGUGUCUGUAAAUAAUGAAAUAUAAAAGCAAGAUUCAGUGUAGCAGAGUUGGUGCUUCUUCUGACAAGGUAACUUGACCAUAUUUCUUUAUCUUUGCUCUAACAUGUGUCAUAUUGUUUUCUUUUUGUAAACCAUAAAAUGGGUGAACUUCCAAAAAUCAAGGGUUAUGUUUUAAAUCAUGAAACUUUUAGAAAUACCAUAUCUGUAUCUCUAUUCCUGCAUUUUGUAAAUCUGUAAAGGAAGAAAACCGAAAGGAAGAACUAGACUGAGUGUCUCACCUUUCUCUGGCCUAAGAUAAACUGAGAAAACUUUUUACUUGAUACUUGGAGAAGUCAUUAACUGGAUUCUAGUUAAUUUCCCAUAUUGGGCAGUUUAGAGGAGACCCAGCCAACCAAAUUAUAAUCUAGCAAAUUUAACAUGGGGGAGAGUAACAUGGGGGAGAGUAAACUAUUUUUCAGUAGAUUUGCACUUUAAACUUACGAACUGGAUGUUGGUGGAAAGGACUUCCAUAGGGCAGAUAGGUAAAUAUCUAGCCUGCACUUGGAUGUUAGAGAAUCAAACCUCACCCUUGCUCGUUCUAAACCCACAUGAGUAGUUACUGUCUUUUGACAUAAUCAGAGUCAGGAUUUCCCUUUUUCCCUACUUGAGUCGUCUUCCAUGUCUGUUACAUCCAAGAUCAUCCCUCUGGGGGAUGUGUCAAGUAGUUCUCCUACUCAGAAUAGAAGCUUUGCGAAUUAGCGUUCCCACCUCUAGAUUUUAAAUAAUGUAGAGUUGUCUAACAUUAUGUGGGUGGGAGGCUUUUUGCCUCUGUGAUCAGUAAGGUACCUGCCUCGGAGGUGCUACUGCCUAGAGGGAUCACUCCCAUCAAAAGACUAGUGAGUUGGAAGCUAAGAGCACGUGUGCCUAGCCAGCUCCUCUCCCAGGCUGGCAGUUAUGAUUAUGGGCAUCAUUCCAGAAUCCUUGGCUUCUAGAACCAACUCCAUUCUGAAGAACAUUUUAACAUCUAUGAAUACUUUGGUAAUAAUCUUUUAUACACAGGAGUUUUGUAGCAUGACUUUAUGACUAAACUUAUUGUGAAUUAAGUUAUUUAGAAAUGUUGAGUUUCUGAAUGUUAUUUUGUGAAAUGUUUUAAAAUAGUAAUAAAUUGUGUUAUUUUG